AUGAAUGAUGGUCCACACAGUGAGCGGCAACCACUGUUGGAAUCGUCAAAGGCGCAGGAUGCUGAAGAGGAGAAGACUCUUGGCUCUAUUUAUUCCCACCCGAAUGUGAGCUUGAUGUGGGUGCUCCUGGCGGCUAUGUUUUUCACCGCCAUUCCGAUAUCAAUCCCCGCGCCUUUUUUCCCCAAAUUUGCUGCUGACGAGUGUGGGCUCAGCCCUGAAGAGAUCGGGUGGUGUUUCAGCGUCUUCCCUCUCACCUCUCUUAUCAUGAGCCCCAUCAUCCCCUACAUGAUUGGGAUCAUGGGUCGGUCCAACCUCCUGGCCAGUGCUGUGGCCCUGUCUGCGGUGUCUACGGUGGCGUUUGGGUUGGGUACCACUCUGCCCACAUUUCUGAUAUCUCGAAUGGUUAUGGGCGUCGCAUGUAGUGCUGCGAUGACGUGUUGUACGGCUACGCUUGCGUUGGUCUUCAAUGAGCAUCCUGGAGAGGUUUUUGGGCUUGUCGAGAUGACAUUCGGAGGUGCGUUUAUGAUUGGUCCUCCCAUUGGUGGUGCGUUGUAUGUCUUCUUCGGGGAGUUCUGGGCUCCGUUUGUGUUCACGACGAUGCCGGCGCUGGUGAUCAUUCCUCUGGGCAAGCGCAUGAUCAGGUGUGUGUAUAAGUAG